GUACUAUAACGCGUGUAGCCGGUGUGGUACAGUACACUGUACAGUACACUGCACAGUACACAGUACCCGGACGGGGCGCGCGGCGCGCUGCAUAUUUAUCUCCGGGGCGAGCGGGUGCCUCGCCCCUCCCGCUCAGAGUGUACGGGCGCGGCCUUAUCACCAAGGGGGUAGUAGGGGCGCGGCAGCGGGGCCGAAGCGGAGGGUGUAAAAAAGAAAUAAAGGGAAAACGUUAUGAAAAGCGGGAGGUCCCUGUCCGCAGUGUGUGUGCACUUUAUGCUAGUGUGUAGUGGGGAGGGGGUGCGUGUGUGCCCACUGUCACCAGCCUGCCGCCACACCACGCCCCUCCGGACUUCAUAAACACGCGCGCUGGCGCGCUGGUGCACGCCGAGGCACCAGGAGUCAAGUUUUACUUUCAGGAUGAAAACAUGGAGGGGGAGGGGGGAGUUUAUUAAAAAAGGGAGAUAAAGACGUGGUUACUAGUUUUAAGUUGCUCCCCGUGGACCCGCUUGCAGGAGCGAGGAGUCCUUCGAGCAGUACGCCAGCAGCAUGCCCUGGCCUGCCGUGUCCUGGUCCGACGACGCUUCGCGCCAGGAGCUCGCCUCGCUGCUCGCCGUCCAGGGCAUCCCCACCCUGGUGCUGCUCGACGCCACAGACUGCACCGUCAUCACGGAUGACGCCAGGGCCAGGGUGAACGACGACCCGGACGGCAAGGACUUCCCCUGGCGCCCGGAGUCCGUGAGUCUGUUCACGGAGCGGCUGUCCUCGCGGCUGCACGACCACCCCGCCCUCAUCCUGUUCGUCGAGGGCGGGCCCGGCGAGGUGGAGUGGGCCAUGUCCAUCCUGAGGCAGGCGGCAGACGCGUACGGGGAGCGUCACCCCGUCUCUCAGUCGGCGUUGCGGGAGCCCCGACUGCAGUUCUACGUAGCACAAGACGGCGAUGCCGCGGAUGGGCUCCGCGAGCAGCUGGUGCUGGAGGACGCGGUGCCGCUGCUGGUGGCCGUCGACGUGUGGCGCGGCGCCGUGUCCGUCCUGGAGGACGAGGCGGACGAGGACGAGGUGGACGAGGACCGCGACGGAGCCAUCAACGCCGCCAGCGCAGUGGCCUUCAUGGACGCGUUCCUCGCCGGCGACCUUCCCUCCGCCCCCAUCGGCGUGUACCUGCCGCCGCCCCCAAGGCCGCACCAGGCCCUGCUGCAGGACGCGCUGGCCGUCGAGGCGUGACCACAACGUGACCACAACCGCCCCGGUGUGACACAUGUGCCAUAUUGUUUUAAUCAUAUAGACUCGUAGCGUAAAGAGCUGCUUUGUAAUUAUAAUGUGAAGCUUACAAAAUGCCGCUUUGACAUGACGAUUUUAAUAAAACGGCCAUUGUAAAUUAGGAGAUAAACCAUUCCACGUUAUAUCAGCAUUAUUGGCCUUUAUGGUUCAGAUUUUGUUCCGUUUAGGUGUAAUCUGGCUAAGUGAACAUAGUUGUAUUAGAUCUUUAACUAGAUCUAAAGAAUAAAUGCAAAUUCCCAA